AUGUAUGACAUUAAUGAAGGAUCUCGAGCAGCCGUGCUCGCGCGACAAAGCUUAGCGCGACUGAGGUUAGUGCGACAGAGCUCAGCGCGACACUGGUUACGUAGACAAAAUGCAGCCGAGAACGGUGCCUCUGAUCACGAGACUCCUGAUCACGAGACUCCUGACGACGGGACUCCUGACGACGGGACUCCUGACGACGGGACUCCUGACGACGGGACUCCUGACGACGGGACUCCUGACGACGAGACUACUGACGACGAGACUUCUGGUGAAGAGACUUCUGGUGAAGAGACUUCAGCCGAUGAGACUUCUGGUGAUGAGGCUCCAUCUGAAGUAACUCAUGGCGAGAUUCAAGAAAGCUUCCAACGGGAGCCACAGAUUCCAUUCAACGAGAUUCUAUUCAGGAGUCCCACACGCGACGAGACUCUGCGAAACAUGGAAAGCUGA